AUGUACCGGCACAGCUACGUUUGCAAGACCCGCACCGAGCAGUACAAGAAUGCGGAGCCAGACAACUUGGCGGAGGAUCGGCCGGGCACGCUCAGCCUGGCCGAGCUGCGGAGCCUCAGGGAGCUCGUGUCAGGCCACAUCCAGCGGGCUAGAGCACUCGAGCAGCGCCAAGCAGUUCUCCUAAGGCAACUGGACAACUUGCAGCUCCUGGGAGAGCCGUCUCACUGGGAGGAUACCCUGACCCGACAUGCUGAGGACAACCUCCAGCUUGUAGGGGACCUGGAGACUGAGCCUACCCAGCUGGAGCUCAAGGGCACAGAGGCACAGUGCGCUCUGGACGAGUUCCAGAGCAAAUAUGAAAAUGAAUGUGAGUGCAACCAGCUGCUAACAGAAAUGCUCAAGAAAUUAAACAAAAAAAUGGAGAAAAAUCUUCUGGAAAUUAAGACUUAUGUCAGCAUUCUGCAGUACAUCACACAGACUACCCCUCAAGCUUUUACCUUCACAGGUGGGAUAAACAAGGAGAAAUCUUUGACAGAACAAGUAGUGGCUGUCUUGCAAUGUGAAUUGGAAGAGUCGCAGGAGCUACUCUCAAUCCUCCAGGUGCAGAGAGCUGAGCUUCAGACCCAGACAGAAACCUUGGAUCAAGCUAUUACAGAUGCUCAUGAGUGUUACGACAAUGAGAUGCAGCUCUAUGAUGAACAGAUCGACUCUCUGCAGAAGGAGAUUGAAGAAAUAGACUGGAUCCUGGAGACAUCUUCCUACAAUUGCAGGCAGCUAUUGGAUGCUCAACAAACCCUGAAAAAUGACAUUGAGAAUGAAAACCACAGGUGUGGUCAGAGGAGAGCAGUUGAAAGAGUGCUUGGUCUCUUCAUUCUGAAUGUUUCAAUGAAAAAGGAGAUUACAGUUGAGCACAAAAUAGAAGACAGCCUACAAGACACAAAACAGACUCAAGUGGUACUUAAAGAAGAAUUCAAAUCUAAGUUUGAAUUCAGUGGUGAGGAGUCAAGCCUUCCCAUUGCAGAAGAGUCUCUCGAAGAUGUGCCAGAUGGAGGACAGAUAAGUAAAGCCUUUGGGAAACUAUGCAAUAUGGUCAAGGAGAAAGUGAGAGUUCCACAGAGUUUCGACAAAAGCAGCAUGGUUUUUUUCAGGGAGGAUGAUUCAAUGCAUUAUGGAAGCUGUAGGGACUCCUCCACUGAGCAGCUUCAGCUCUUCUUGGAGAAGGGAGAGCCCCAAGAGAGAAAGAAUGAAUAUUCUCUCAGUCAGCAUUCUGCAGACAAAAAGAUGGAGCUAAGUGCCCAAGAACACAAAGGCCACAGGAUGAAGUAUACUACACAGAAGGAAGAUGAGGAUUCUGAGAGACCCAGUUUAGUGAUCACACUUGGGCCAGAAGAAGCAUUCCAGUCUGAAGGGUCUGGAGGCAAGGAUGAAUUCGAGGGGCAUGAGCUAGAGAAGAGUUGUAUGCUGGAAAGAAGAUCCCCCCAAACUCUGGCUUGUGAGAAGGUGAAGGUGGUCGAAUCCAUUGAGAAGGUUUCCACAGAGUGCAUUCAGAGCUAUAAAGAAACUACUUGUAGUUGUGGAGACCAUGGUUGA